AUGCAGACUCGUUGGGCCCUUCCUGGCCGUGCUUCCGCCGUGCAACCAGCGUCUUCAACCUCCGGAGAAGCUCUCCUACCACCACCUGACCCCCCUGACCCUCAGUCCCCUCUUUCUCCCCAUCUUUUCCCACCAUUAGACUCCACUCCUCCUCUUACCCGUUCUCAAACUCGUAGAUCCCACCUCACUACCACCCAUGUUGAUACUGUUAUGACUCAAGCUCAACACCCAACUACAGCUUCAGCCAUCUCUCAAGCCACUACUCAGUUUGGUUCGCUAGCUGAGAUUGAAUCUAUACUCACUGUUCCUGCUACAGGAAACCCUAAAACUCUUUCCUCAUCCUCAACCACUAACCCUUCCCCCUCUCUGGAAAAGCUUAACUUACCUUAUUCAGAACCAAAUCCCACCAAUUUCAAAAUCCUUCAACCAAACCACAACUCUCCCCUGCUCUCUAACAGUGCCUCUACCUCCCUAACUCCUUCUGAUCCCGCUCUUCCUUCCCCUCCUGUAAGAUCCACCAUUCCCAACUCUCAGCCACACACUGCCCCCCCACAACUAAAUCCACCUCCUAUUUUCCAACCCCAACCCCAAACCCAUAAUGCUGCUCCUACUCUAGCGGAAACUCUUCGUGUGAGAGGAGACAAGUCUCUCCAGAGACUCGCUCCAGUAACUAUCUUUGAAACUGGUCGACCUCGUGUGCUAAUCCCGAACUCUGUCUUUCACAAAGGCGCAGAGCUUCAUAAAGAUUUCAUUAUCUGUAGAAGGCUUGAGAUGCAUAACAACCCUCUACAACGCUCAGUUCUGGUUAGGAUCCCUAGUGACUUCCUUCGACAGAAGAUCUUGGAAAAAAAUAUAUGGUAUGUGGGGGAUUCGAUGUUUCAUACCGCUCAAUGGUCUUCUGUGCAUUCCUCCACAACACCUCUUCUUAGCUCUAUCCAGAUUUGGGCUCACCUCACUGGAGUUCCUCUCGACCUACGUUAUAAACAAGGCCUUAGCCUAGUUGCGGGGUUGAUUGGAGAGCCUAAAGAAACGGAUGACUUUACUCUAAACCUAGUGAGUCUUACCUUAUCUCAUGUCAAGGUGGAAGUAGAUCUCACCAAGCCUCUUCCGAUUGUAGUGGAGUUUCAAAGGCAGAGUGGAGAAGUUGUUGAAGUGCAAGUGGACUAUCCAUGGCUGCCUCCCACAUGCGCUCAUUGUCAUGAGUUGGGUCAUAUCAUGAAAAAUUGUUUGCUCUACAUACCGCCAAAGGAUCCACCUCCUAUAGCAAAAGUUCCUGUGGAUAAGUCAAAGCAAAAGAUCUCAGACUCGGCGAUAAAAACUCCAACAAAAUCUGUAAAAACCAAACAGUAUGUUGUCAAGAAACCAUUCCCUCCCAUCACCGUUGAACCCUUACUUUCCACCCACACUGUUUCACUUCCCACUAGCCCCUCUGCUUUCAAUACUCCCUCUUUUGUCCCUAUGCCAAAUCAGAAGAUUUUCCCUUCCACCGCUCACAUUUCUUCGGACAAACCUCAAAAACCAUCAUUAAAAAGAACCCGUUCCUCCCCAACCAUUUCCCCUACUGCACCUCCCAAAAUCAUCUAUCAGUCUUCUAAACCGUCCCCUGACCUUUCAUUCCCCGUGAUUGUCUACUGGGGAACCCUCUUUUUCUACAUAAUGAGUGUAAAACUCUUUUUUUGGAACCUCCGUGGUCUAAAUGACCCGGUAAAACAUCGGACAUUUUCGGAUUGGCUUUAUAGUCACAGACCCAUUUUUGGUGCUCUAUUGGAAACACAUAUUAAGGAACUAUCUCUAUCCCGUUUGAUGUCUACCCUAUGUCGAGACUGGCACUAUCUAUCUAACCAUUCAUCUGAUGAAGAUGGGAGAAUCGUGCUUAUUUGGAAGGAUCCAGCAAAAGUUCGAGUGAUAACACAGUCAAGGCAAAUGAUUACUUGUGAGAUUGAGCUGCCUAAUUGUACUCCUAUCAUCUACUCUGCCAUCUACGCUUCAAAUACCAUUGAAGAGAGAACUGACCUUUGGGUGGAGCUUUUGAACUUGCAUUCUGCUCAUGAUCUGGAUUCAAGGCCUUGGAUGGUAGGAGGGGACUUUAACCAGAUUCUUCACCCUUACGAGCAUUCAUCCUUCUGUCACAGUACACAUUCUUCGCAAAUGUUCCAAUUCCGUGAUAGUUUACUACAGAUGGGAGUGUUUGAUCUUCGAUUCUAUGGCCCUGUUCACACAUGGACAAACAAAUGUGACGGCUCCCCAAUUGCAAAGAAACUAGACAGAUGUUUGAUCAACAGUGAGUGUCUUACCAGUUAUCCUAAUGCCACUGCAACUUUCCUCCCUCCUGCCCCUUCAGAUCACUCCCCGUGCCUUAUUGACCUAGCCUUCCAACUCCCUAAAGCAGGAACUCAACCCUUCCGCUUCCUAAACUACCUUACCAAACACCCGAGCUUCCUGGAGGUUGUUACUGAUGCAUGGUUGCUCGCCGGAAGUGUGUCUGCCAACUUUGCGUCUCUGUGUUGGAAGCUGAAAAGCAUUAAAAGGAGUCUUAAAAUUCUUAAUAAAGAAAAUUUCUCAAAUAUCCAACAGAGAGUUAAUGAAGCUUACCGUUUGUUACAACUUGUGCAGGUACAAGCCUUGUCAGAUCCAACUCCUGAAAAUUUUGCUGAAGAACAUGAUCUUAAUCUGAAAUGGCAAUUUCUCUGGCAAAUUGAAGAAUGCUUCUUUCAGCAAAAGUCUAGAAUAACAUGGCUUCGUGAAGGAGAUCUGAAUACUACCUUCUUCCACCGUGUCUGCCAAAUGAGAGCUAGCUUCAAUGCAAUCCGCUCGUUCCUCCUUUUGUCAGGUGUUCUCAUCACAGACCCACUGGAGAUGAGUGCUCACGCUAUAGCUCACUUUAAAGGUGUUCUUGGACCUGAUUCCCUCCCAUCGCUCUGGUACACUCCGGCUGAUUGGUUUCGUAGCCUCACGCAUGUCAGAUGCAGCCAGCAGCAGAUAAACUCAAUCCUCCUGAUGCCUACAAAUGAAGAGAUCACUAAGCUAAUGUUUUCCCUUAACCCAAAUAAAGCUCCGGGGCCUGAUGGACUCACCUCUGGAUUCUUCAAAGCUUCUUGGUCUCUUCUAGGUGCGGAAUGUGUCAACUCGAUUCAAGAUUUUUUCGACUCAGGGUUCCUGCCAAAAACCACAAAUUCAACGAUCUUGUCUUUGGUUCCUAAGUUCACUGGAGCAUCUACAAUAUCAGACUACCGUCCUAUCUCCUGUCUGAAUACCCUCUAUAAAGUCAUUUCACGGUUGCUGGUGAGACGUCUAAAGCCUAUUCUUAGUCAGCUAAUCUUGCCCAAUCAAACAGCGUUUGUUGAGGGUAGACUCCUAGUGGAAAAUACUGUAUUGGCUAGCGAACUAGUGAAUGGCUACCACAGGAACAAAGGAACUAAGAAGAUUACCAUUAAGGUCGAUAUAGAAAAAGCUUUCGACACUCUCUCUUGGGAGUUUCUGUUCACAGCGUUGGAUAGUAUAGAUCUCCCUGCUCCUUUCAUCCGAUUGCUGAAAGCUUGCAUCUGCACGACAACAUUUAUGGUGGGUUACAAUGGCACGGUGAAUGGUUUCUUCAAAGGAAAAAGGGGACUAAGGCAAGGAGACCCACUCUCUCCCUACCUGUUUGUCAUUGCUAUGAACUACUUGUCAAUGAUGUUGGAUAAAGAAGCGAGGGCAGGAUAUAUAUCUUACCAUCAUCAGUGCCAUAAAACGAAGCUAACUCAUCUCUCCUUUGCCGACGAUCUACUGAUCUUCAUUGAUGGGUCACUUGAGUCCGUUCAGAGGGUGCUCCAGCUACUGCACGAAUUUGAAAAGAGAUCAGGUCUGGCUGUGAGUUUGCAAAAAUCUAGUUUUUUUGCUUCGGGACUUACAGAGCAAGAUAUUGCAACUAUCCAAGUUUCGACGGGGAUGCCGUGUGGUUCAUUACCAAUGCGAUAUCUCGGAGUCCCUCUGUGUACGAAAAAGCUCAACUUGCAGAACUGCGAGCCUCUACUUCAGCAGAUUAAGAAGCGUCUAUCCUCCUGGUCAGCUCAGGCUCUGUCAUUUGCGGGGCGGUUACUCUUGAUAAAAACGGUGAUCUCGGGUGUUACGACCUUUUGGUGUUCCAGCUUCAUCCUACCAAAGUCAUGCAUCAAUAAAAUCAAUUCACUGUGUGGCAUAUUCCUUUGGAAAGGCAAGAGCGAAGGUCACCAUACUGCUAGAGUAAGUUGGGAGACAGUAACACUUACCAAAGAUCAGGGAGGACUGGGAGUUAAAGACCUUCAUACUUGGAACCUUGCGUGCAUACUGAAGCUUAUCUGGAUGCUCUUCUUUCGCCCGAAUUCUGUGUGGGUCUGCUGGUUUAAGGAGGUAAUCCUAAAAGGCGACGUAUCAAACUACUGGACGAUAGGAACAAGCACCAACCAUUCUUGGCUAGUCAACAAGAUGAUCAAGGCUAGAGCUAUUGUCUACCCGCUGCUUAAACGACCAACGGUGGCGUCUCUCUAUACUGAAGGCCGGUGGAAUAUCCCUGCAGCAAGAACUGACAAUCAAUUAGCGCUUCAGGUACACCUUACUACCGUAGAAUUACUAGAUGAGGAGGAUUAUUUCGAAUGGGAGAUUGAUGGAAGAGUUAGACACAGUUACAGAACUGGUGAAACAUAUACUUACCUCAAGGGUCCGCAGCCACUAGUUCCUUGGGCUAAGAUUGUCUGGUUCUCAUACGGAAUCCCCCGACACUGCUUCCUCACUUGGUUAGUCCUACUGGAUCGAUGUCCUACAAGAGACAGGUUAACAAGAUGGGGUCUUAAUGUAGAUCCGUUAUGCUUAUUUUGCAACACUGAUCAUGAGAGUAGAAAUCACCUUUUCUUUGAGUGUCGUUACAGUGUCACGGUCUGGAAUCAGAUAGCAUAUCGAUGCGAUUUGCAAGCUCAUGCCUCAUGGGACGACAAUCUCAAUCAACUCCUGGCUCUCCGAGGGAAUCGCGAUUCUCUUCGUCUUCGACUACUAGCAACUCAAGCCACGAUUUACUGGCUCUGGAAUGAGCGUAACACACGUCUCCACCACCAAAUCUUCAGACCUCCGGGUGCGUUAAUAUCACUCAUAGACAAGCAAAUCCGUAACCGUCUCCAAAGCUUCUGA